AUGAACAAGACACAGUUUUAUUUGUCCCAGUGUGCGGAGGCCGCCUCGAAGAGCCCCAUGUGCUUCACCCUCGGGGCCGUACUAGUCAAGGGCGGCAAGGUCAUUUCAUCGGGGUAUAAUCACCACCGGCCGCACUACGAUGGUUCGGAGGUGCGGACGCAGGGGCAUCGCAAGCCUGUCUCGAUGCACGCGGAGAUGCAUGCGAUCUUCAGCCUGACUGGCAUGUCCCCUUCGUUCCGGAAGCAGGGUCAGGCGGAGAGUCAGCCCCCGUCUCAUCCUCGCUCGAAGGGCAAGGGCAAGGGCGCCUCGCGGCCGCAGCCGCGGCGAAGUAGCUCGAGCAGCAGCGGCGACAGCAGCGGGAGCGAGGGCUCGCGCUCGCCCGCCUCGGAGCCCUGUGGCAGUGGCUGCGGCGGUGGGCCUGCGGGUGUGCGGGACGUCGCGAAAGGCUGGCACGCCCGGCGGCGGGAUCCGCGGGCGAACGGCGCAGAUCUAUACGUCGCGCGGUUCACGAAGAACGGGAUGGGCACCGCGCGGCCGUGCUGGCGCUGUCUGGAGUGGUGCCGAUGGGCGGGGAUCAAGCGGAUAUUCCACUGGAACGAUGAGGAGCGCAAGUUUGACAUGAUCAAGGUGAACAAUGCACAGGACUACGUUAUGUAUGAGACACACGCGGACCUCCGUCUCUUUGCUGGUUUGGGUUGGUGA